UUUACUUCAGUCAAUUCGUCAUAAUUUUAAUAGUUUAUUUUGUGUUUAAAAUCAUGAAACUUUUAAAAUUUCUUAUUAAUAAAUGUAAAAGAAAAGCUGCUACGAAAUAAAGUAACGGAAAUUAUGAAAGAAAAUGGAGAGCUCCGUUAAAACUGAGUCCCCAAGUUGUGCCGGGUGCCUGAAUAACAUAGGAAAUAGUGAUUAUGUGUCAGCGCUUAACCAGGAAUGGCACAAAGACUGCUUUAGAUGUUCUGUGUGUGACGUGCAGCUGUCCAGCUGGUACCUGGAGAAGGGUGGUCUUUUGUUCUGUCAGCGCGACUACUGGGCGCGCUUUGGCGAGCUCUGCCAGCAAUGCGACCAGGUGAUGACGGGCCCGGUGAUGGCGGCGGGGCGGCACCGCUUCCAUCCAGAGUGCUUCUCGUGCGCGAGCUGCGGCGCCCACAUCGAGCCCGGCGAGCCCUACGCGCUGCGGGAGCGCUCCCAGCUGUACUGCGGCACGUGCUACAGCAACAGUGUGAACGCUCAGUCGGAGCGGCGGCACGCCAUCCGCGUGGUGGAGGGCGUCCCACGCCACGUGGCGCUGCGGCCGCGCGGGGACCACCUCGCCGUCACGAGCAUCGACCCUGCCUGCGGGCUACUAGCGCUUCAAGUCGGGGACCGCGUGUGGGAGAUCGACGGCGCGCCCGUCAGGGACAAGUCUGCUCGGGAGGUGCAGGAGCUACUGGCAGACCCCGACCGGGUUUUACAGUUGACCGUGGAACACAACCCGCUAUCAGAACCUCCAACGCCGGACGAGUCUCCACCAAUCACAGCGCAGCAGGAGGAAACGAGACAGAACAUUCCAGAUGAAAGCAUUCCGCGUGAGGGAGCGAGACAGACGCAGACUGAGGAUAGUAGUGCUAGGGAGGUAGAAGAUGGUGCUGGAAAAAGAGAGAGGCUGUUUAAACGGAAAGGCGACGCCGGGGCGCGGCGCGUGAUGAAGCGGCGGCAGGCGCCGGCGUCGCCGCUGCUGAGGGACAAGGAGCGCAGCACCAGCAUGCCCAAGCUGCUCGACAACGUGGACAGCGGCGCGGAGGCGGCGGGCGGCGUGCUGGGCGACUUAGCGCGCUGCCGCUCCUUCCGCGCCGAGCCCGCCCCCGGGCAGAAGGUGUUCCGAGCCUGCGACCUCGUGCAGGGCGAGCUCCUAGGCACGGGCUUCUUCGGCUCGGUGUACAAGGUGACGCAUCGCCUCACGCACGAGGUGAUGGUGCUGAAGCAGCUGCACCGCGUGGACGAGGCCGCGCAGAGGAACUUCCUCAAGGAGGUGGCAGUUCUCCGUUCACUGAAACACUCGAACGUGCUCCGCUUCAUCGGAGUCCUCUACAAGGACAAGCGGCUGCACCUCGUGACCGAGUACGUGGCCGGCGGCACGCUGCACGAGAAGCUGCACGACAAGUCCACCCCGCUCCCCUGGCUGACGCGGGUGCGGUUCGCGCGCGACGUGGCCGCGGGCGUGGGGUAUCUGCACCGCAUGAACAUCAUACACAGAGACCUCAACUCACACAACUGUCUGGUUAGAGAGGACAACACGGUGAUAGUGGCGGACUUCGGCCUCGCUCGCAUCGUGCAGCGCACCGCCAGCAACACGCUGGAGCGACGCCGCCCGGGGCAGGCGCCGCGGCGGAAGAGAUACACUGUGGUGGGCAACCCGUACUGGAUGGCCCCGGAGAUGAUGAACGGCAAGGUGUACGACGAGAAGGUCGACGUGUUCUCCUUCGGGAUCAUACUCUGUGAGAUCAUAGGCCGCGUGUCAGCCGACCCGGACUUCCUCCCCCGCCGCUCGGACUUCGGCCUCAACGAGUCAUUAUUCCGAGCUCAGUUCUGCGCCUCCUGCCCCGAGCCGCUGUACCGGGUGGCCGCGCUCGCCUGCCAUCUCGACCCGGAGCACAGACCACCAUUCGAAGUGCUAGAAAUCUGGCUGGAAACCCUCGUGAUGCUCCUCUCUAACCCCUCCUCUGUCCACACGAACCUACUAGCAGACAUCUUGCAGUACUCACAGCGCCACACCGGCCGUGGCACGCCCGACUGCUGUCAAAAUGACAGCUGCUGUCACACCGACGGCUGCUGUCAACAAUCUGAGAGCUGUGGUCAGCAUACUGACAGCUGCUGUCAGUGUAGAGACUCCCGCGCCUCGCCCCGGUGUUGCCAAGCGCGGGGAGAGGGCUGCGGGAGCGGGGGUAUAUUCUGUGAAGACACGUGUUGCUAUGGGUGUCGCGGGUUGAGGAGGUCGCCUAGUAAAGUUGCUAGUGUCGAGUUGGAUGGUCAAGAGGGUGUUUUUAAGUCUCAAUCCAACGCCUCCCUACUGUCACCCCCGCCGCCGCCGCCGGGGCGCGCGCUGGGCAAGUGCGUGUCGGCGAGCCACAUCUGCCCGCGCCGCGUCGUCACCGUCAGCCUCAGCCGCAGCCAGAACGCACUGUGCCACGCCACCGCCGGCUACAUACUGCGCAAUGACGGCAACAACAUUAAUAUAACUAAGGUAGAUGAUAUUUCGGAGUGGUUAGACCCACCGCCGCUGAAAAGGACUAGUCCGGAUAGUGCGUUGAAUGUUGAUAGUGAGAAUAAGAGCAGGAAGGUGGAGGAGGAUUUGUUGUUGCCGCCGUUUUUGAGGAACCAGUCGGUUGAGGGUUUAGAGAGUAAGUCGAAGGCGGAGAUUGAUGCGCCGUUGCCGUUCUGCAGACACUUCUCUAUACCGGACCACUGCGAGGUGAGUAAGGAAGAUAGCGACUCGUCGGAUGAAGACGUCGACACGUGGUAUAGGAGCGUCAAGAUGAUGGAUAAAAUGGAGCUCGAUCAGCCGAAAAACGUGCUUGCGGCCAUAGUGAAGAAGGGCGAGAAUCUGCUAGGAAGGAAAGCCGGUUAUGAUGUUUCGCAAGUGCAAUUACGCAAUCCGGAGUGCGAAAGAAAGAUCCCAGAGGUGGAUCGGCGAAGGUUCAAUAUAGACGAGGUAAAUAAAAACUCAUUAAUGGCACAGGGUAUUAAAAACUUGCCGAAAACCGUUCCGGUUGCGACGAAGCCAGUAGAAAAAUCCAACUUUUUCUCUAAGAAACUUAUGUCGCCGAAAUUCAGUAGAUUGUUCAAACCAAACACUAGUGAAGUUGUUAGAAAGAACGCGCCCACAGAUGAAAACAAGGAGGAGAAAUCCAAAAGCAAGUUCUUCAUACAAAGGCCGGCCUCCCCCAGCAAUAUAACCCGGUCGAGUUACCGAGUGCGCCCUAUCGACGAUACCUACACUGAAAACAGCAAAAAAGACGGCAAAAGUCACAAAAAUGUGAAAGAAUCCAAUGUACUUAAGAGUGACCUGAAACUGGCCAGUAUGGGCAAGCCCAUGACGCCCAUAUUCCGUAGAAACAUCGUCAACACAGACUUUGCAGACGGGCGCUUCAGUUACCGACGUCCAAAGUAUGACCACACAGGCAACGAACACAAAAUCGAUUUCAGCAAACAUCGCACUAGCGCACCACUAACUACUGAGAGACUUAAACUAGGGCCGUUAGUUAGAAGCCCACCGACCUCCAACUUACCCGCUCUAGCCACCGUGGUGGAGAAAAACCGGGAAAAAAUCAUCCAUGUUACCGUAGACCCAAACCUACCCACGAAGUGUGGUUCUAAAGAUUUGCAUAAAAAACGCGAGCCCGGAAUCUCAAGGAGUAACUACGUGAGUUUAGCGAAUCUCAAGAUUAAUAACAAGGGGAAAGAAUUGGAAAAGGCUGCGGAUAACAAAUCUAGGGACAGUCUAAGCGACGAUUCGCUGGUCGAAAGAGUUCUUUAAAGACAUCCCUAAAUAUAUUACCAUAGUACUUGGCCCCUCAGAAUGACAAUGCUGAGAGGGGUAUGAUUUCUUUACCCCAAACUAUUGUACCAAGUGUAAAAAGACUUCGGACGUCGCUAUUCCAUAUAAAGACAAAUUAUAAACGCAAUAUUCGUAACCUUAAAUACCAUACCUACUCUUGCCACGUGAUACCGAAUUAUACAUCUGUUGUGUUUGUAUGUACUUACUGUAGUAAACAUUUAUUGGAACAUUAUUAAGUAGGUAAUUAUUGAAGAUAUUCUUUAAAUGUUUGAUCACUUAGUAUACGAGUGAGAAGCUUUUACUACAUUUGUUACUUAUUUACAACUAUUUCAAUC